UUAAAUCUCUUAUUUGCGUUAUUAUAGCUCGUUGUCUUGUACACUUGUUAACAACAAUAUUCAUUCAUUAACUCUUUUUGUUUUUCUCUCUCUCUUCAAAUUUUCAAUAUAUUUUUUUAAAAAAAAUUUUCAACUUGAAGAGGAAGAAUAAUGGAAGGAGGAGGAGCUCCGCCAGCUGACGCCGUGAUGGAGGAUGCAGCACCACCGCAACAGCAAGAGCCACAGCAGCAGGUGGGGAUGGGGAUCGAGAAUAUUCCGGCUACACUCAGCCACGGUGGGAGGUUCAUUCAAUACAAUAUAUUCGGUAAUAUAUUUGAAGUUACUGCAAAAUACCGACCUCCUAUCAUGCCAAUCGGUAAAGGCGCUUACGGUAUUGUUUGCUCUGCUCAUAAUUCGGAGACGAAUGAACAUGUUGCUGUCAAGAAGAUUGCGAAUGCAUUUGAUAACAAGAUUGAUGCUAAGAGGACUCUUCGUGAAAUCAAGCUGCUUCGCCACAUGGAUCAUGAAAAUGUGGUCGCAAUCCGGGAUAUCGUGCCACCACCUCUGCGGGAGGUAUUCAAUGAUGUUUACAUUGCAUAUGAGCUGAUGGACACUGAUCUUCACCAAAUCAUUCGAUCAAAUCAAGCAUUAUCAGAGGAGCACUGUCAGUAUUUUCUGUACCAGAUUCUGCGUGGGUUGAAGUACAUACAUUCCGCGAAUGUUUUGCAUAGGGACUUAAAACCCAGCAACCUUCUCCUGAAUGCCAACUGUGACUUAAAGAUUUGUGAUUUUGGACUGGCUCGUGUAACCUCUGAAACUGAUUUUAUGACUGAGUAUGUUGUUACAAGAUGGUACCGUGCACCAGAGCUUCUGUUGAACUCUUCUGAUUACACAGCAGCAAUUGAUGUCUGGUCUGUUGGUUGUAUUUUCAUGGAGCUGAUGGAUCGAAAGCCAUUGUUUCCUGGCAGAGAUCAUGUGCAUCAGUUGCGUCUACUCAUGGAGCUGAUUGGUACCCCAUCGGAAGCUGAUUUGGGAUUUCUUAAUGAAAAUGCUAAGAGAUACAUAAGGCAGCUACCUCUUUACCGCCGCCAAUCUUUCCAAGAAAAAUUUCCGCAUGUCCAUCCUGAUGCUAUAGAUCUUGUUGAAAAGAUGUUAACUUUUGAUCCUAGACAAAGACUUACUGUUGAAAAUGCGCUGGCACACCCCUACUUGACAUCGCUGCAUGACAUCAGUGACGAACCUGUAUGCACGACUCCCUUCAGCUUUGACUUUGAACAGCAUGCUUUGACUGAGGAACAGAUGAAAGAACUGAUAUACAGAGAGGCUCUAGCUUUUAACCCCGAGUACCAGCAGUAGCGUAGUGGUGAUAAAGACGGUGGUGUUAUGAUUGGGUUUGGAAUAUGUUUGUGUCUGCAGUCCAUAGGUCAAGAGAUUUCUGUGUAUAUAUUAUCUUAUCUAUCUAUCAUCUGAAACCAGAUGAACUUGGAAGUUAUUUAUUUGAUCAUAGGUUUGAUUGGUAGACUUGCUGGAACACAAUCAUAAGGUACUUUGUAUUUUUAUUGUCUUAUUUGUUUCAAACUAUUCUCCAAUUUAUUGGUUUCAGCCAACUUCUGAUAAACUUUGUCAUCAACACAUGCAUUAAUGGGUUAUUUUAUUCAUUUUGGAUUGAA